CAUAAAUACAUAAAUGUAAUUUAAUUACCCAUUUUUUCUUAGCAACUGUAACCGAUUACAGUUACAUUUAUUUUGUAAUCCAAUUACAUAAUUCAGUUACAUGUAACUAGUUACUCCCCAACACUACUAGUUAGCUGGACAGUUUAUGCAACUGUCCAGAACUAGCAGGCUGUGAAGGUAAGGGAGGACUGCAGAGCUCUAUUGCAAAUGUACACACCUCCAACAAGUGUUUACCCAUAAUAUGUACAUAGUAUAUAAUACCUUUCUAUUUCUUAAUGAGUCUUAUGUCCAAAGUGUAGCUACAACUGUACAAUAAGUUUAUACCUGAAAAGAUAUAUUAUCACUGAGAUUUGACUUAAAGACAACAGGUUAAAACCAUGGAUUUCAUCUUAAGUUUAUAGCUUGUUUAGUAGUGCUUAAUGUAUCCACUUAUUUUAAUUCAAUUUUAACUUGUGAAGGAGAGACUGGUUUAGGUUACUUUCUGAAUGUCUAAAUUGUUCUCGACACUUUCUCGUGCCGACUGCUGUAAAGUUUUGUGCUUACGGUCAAACUGAAAGUAAAGACUGGUCUGCUGGUGGGACUAAUACUGUGAAACUCCGACUGAAGUAAAAUGGACUUCGGUGACACACAACGUCUCUCAGAGCUGAGGAUUGUGUUGAUGGGCUAUAGAAAAGCUGGUAAGAGUUCAGCAGGAAACAGCAUCCUGGGCAGAGAGGAGUUUGACUUGAAGAGAUCUGCUCAGUGUGUGAGGAGACAUGGAGGAGUAGCAGACAGACACAUCACUGUCAUUGAAGCUCCGGGAUGGUGGAGUAAUUACACUGUAGAGGACAGUCCUGAGUUACUGAAGCAGGAGAUUGUGCUCAGUGUGUCUCUGUGUCCUCCAGGACCACACGCUGUACUGCUGAUCAUACGUGUGGACACUAGAUUUAAAGAGACUGAGAGAAAAGUAUUGCAGGGGUAUCUGGAUCUUCUCGGUGAGAGAGUCUGGAGUCACACUAUAGUGCUGUUCACUCAUGGAGACUCUCUGUUGGACACAUCUAUAGAGCAGCACAUUGAGAGUGAAGGGCAGGAUCUCAGGUGGCUGCUGGACAAAUGUGGGAACAGAUAUCAUGUUCUCAACAAUCAGAACAGGAGUGACCACACUCAGAUCAAGGAGCUGCUGGAGAAGAUUGAGGAGACAGUGGCACAAAACAACGCCUGCCAUUUUGAAAUAGACAGAAAGAUUUUACAGGAGAUGAAAGAGAGAAGAAGAGCAGAGGAAGAGAGAGCAGAAGAACGAAUGAAGAGGAUGAAAAAACAGAGAGAAAACAUCAGAUCACAGAUGAAUGACGCACAACGUCUCUCAGAGCUGAGGAUUGUGUUGAUGGGGUAUAGAGAUGCUGGUAAGAGUUCAGCAGGAAACCUCAUCCUGGGCAGAGAGGAGUUUGACUUGAAGACAUCUGCUCAGUGUGUGAGGAGACAUGGAGAAGUAGCAGACAGACACAUCACUGUCAUUGAAGCUCCAGGAUGGUGGAUGGAUGAAACUGUAGAGGACAGUCCUGAGUUACUGAAGCAGGAGAUUGUGCUCAGUGUGUCUAUGUGUCCUCCAGGACCACAAGCUGUACUGCUGAGCAUACGUGUGGACACUAGAUUUAAAGAGACUGAGAGAAAAGCAGUGCAAGGACAUCUGGAUCUUCUCGGUGAGAGAGUCUGGAGUCACACUAUAGUGCUGUUCACUUGUGGAGACUCUCUGUUAGACACAUCUAUAGAGCAGCACAUUGAGAGUGAAGGGCAGGAUCUCAGGCGGCUGCUGGACAAAUGUGGGAACAGAUAUCAUGUUCUCAACAAUCAGAACAGGAGUGACCACACUCAGAUCAAGGAGCUGCUGGAGAAGAUUGAGGAGACAGUGGCACAAAACAACGGCUGCCAUUUUGAAAUAGACAGAAAGAUUUUACAGGAGAUGAAAGAGAGAAGAAGAGCAGAGGAAGAGAGAGCAGAAGAACGAAUGAAGAGGAUGAAAAAACAGAGAGAAAACAUCAGAUCACAGAUGAGUUACCCCCAACGUCUCUCAGAGCUGAGGAUUGUGUUAAUUGGGUAUAGAGAUGCUGGUAAGAGUUCAGCAGGAAACCUCAUCCUGGGCAGAGAGGAGUUUGACUUGAAGACAUCUGCUCAGUGUGUGAGGAGACAUGGAGAAGUAGCAGACAGACACAUCACUGUCAUUGAAGCUCCAGGAUGGUGGAUGGAUGAAACUGUAGAGGAGAGUCCAGAGUUACUGAAACAGGAGAUUGUGCUCAGUGUGUCUCUGUGUCCUCCAGGACCACACGCUGUACUGCUGAUCAUACGUGUGGACACUAGAUUUAAAGAGACUGAGAGAAAAGCACUGCAGGAGUAUCUGGAUCUUCUCGGUGAGAGAGUCUGGAGUCACACUAUAGUGCUGUUCACUUGUGGAGACUCUCUGUUGGACACAUCUAUAGAGCAGCACAUUGAGAGUGAAGGGCAGGAUCUCAGGUGGCUGCUGGACAAAUGUGGGAACAGAUAUCAUGUUCUCAACAAUCAGAACAGGAGUGACCACACUCAGAUCAAGGAGCUGCUGGAGAAGAUUGAGGAGACAGUGGUACAAAACAACGCCUGCCAUUUUGAAAUAGACAGAAAGAUUUUACAGGAGAUGAAAGAGAGAAGAAGAGCAGAGGAAGAGAGAGCAGAAGAACGAAUGAAGAGGAUGAAAAAACAGAGAGAAAACAUCAGAUCACAGAUGAGUGAGUCAACAUACUUCAUACUGAGGAUUGUGUUAAUUGGGUAUAGAGAUGCUGGUAAGAGUUCAGCAGGAAACCUCAUCCUGGGCAGAGAGGAGUUUGACUUGAAGACAUCUGCUCAGUGUGUGAGGAGACAUGGAGAAGUAGCAGACAGACACAUCACUGUCAUUGAAGCUCCAGGAUGGUGGAUGGAUGAAACUGUAGAGGAGAGUCCUGAGUUACUGAAACAGGAGAUUGUGCUCAGUGUGUCUCUGUGUCCUCCAGGACCACACGCUGUACUACUGAUCAUACGUGUGGACACUAGAUUUAAAGAGACUGAGAGAAAAGCACUGCAGGAGUAUCUGGAUCUUCUCGGUGAGAGAGUCUGGAGUCACACUAUAGUGCUGUUCACUUGUGGAGACUCUCUGUUGGACACAUCUAUAGAGCAGCACAUUGAGAGUGAAGGGCAGGAUCUCAGGCGGCUGCUGGACAAAUGUGGGAACAGAUAUCAUGUUCUCAACAAUCAGAACAGGAGUGACCACACUCAGAUCAAGGAGCUGCUGGAGAAGAUUGAGGAGACAGUGGCACAAAACAACGCCUGCCAUUUUGAAAUAGACAGAAAGAUUUUACAGGAGAUGAAAGAGAGAAGAAGAGCAGAGGAAGAGAGAGCAGAAGAACGAAUGAAGAGGAUGAAAAACAGAGAGAAAACAUCAGAUCUCUCAGAGCUGAGGAUUGUGUUAAUUGGGUGUAAAGAAGCUGGUAAGAGUUCAGCAGGAAACAGCAUCCUGGGCAGAGAGGAGUUUGACUUGAAGACAUCUGCUCAGUGUGUGAGGAGACAUGGAGGAGUAGCAGACAGACACAUCACUGUCAUUGAAGCUCCAGGAUGGUGGAGUAAUUACACUGUAGAGGAGAGUCCUGAGUUACUGAAACAGGAGAUUGUGCUCAGUGUGUCUCUGUGUCCUCCAGGACCACACGCUGUACUACUGAUCAUACGUGUGGACAUUGGAUUUAAAGAGACUUACAGAAAAGCAUUGCAGGGGUAUCUGGAUCUUCUCGGUGAGAGUCUGAGUCACACUAUAGUGCUGUUCACUCAUGGAGACUCUCUGUUAAACACAUCUAUAGAGCAGCACAUUGAGAGUGAAUGGCAGGAUCUCCAGUGGCUGCUGGACAAAUGUGGGAACAGAUAUCAUGUUCUCAACAAUCAGAACAGGAGUGACCACACUCAGAUCAAGGAGCUGCUGGAGAAGAUUGAGGAGACAGUGGCACAAAACAACGCCUGCCAUUUUGAAAUAGACAGAAAGAUUUUACAGGAGAUGAAAGAGAGAAGAAGAGCAGAGGAAGAGAGAGCAGAAGAACGAAUGAAGAGGAUGAAAAAACAGAGAGAAAACAUCAGAUCACAGAUGAGUGAUGCCAAACAUCUCUCAGAGCUGAGGAUUGUGUUAAUUGGGUGUAAAGAAGCUGGUAAGAGUUCAGCAGGAAACAGCAUCCUGGGCAGAGAGGAGUUUGACUUGAAGACAUCUGCUCAGUGUGUGAGGAGACAUGGAGGAGUAGCAGACAGACACAUCACUGUCAUUGAAGCUCCAGGAUGGUGGAGUAAUUACACUGUAGAGGAGAGUCCUGAGUUACUGAAACAGGAGAUUGUGCUCAGUGUGUCUCUGUGUCCUCCAGGACCACACGCUGUACUACUGAUCAUACGUGUGGACAUUGGAUUUAAAGAGACUUACAGAAAAGCAUUGCAGGGGUAUCUGGAUCUUCUCGGUGAGAGAGUCUGGAGUCACACUAUAGUGCUGUUCACUCAUGGAGACUCUCUGUUAAACACAUCUAUAGAGCAGCACAUUGAGAGUGAAUGGCAGGAUCUCCAGUGGCUGCUGGACAAAUGUGGGAACAGAUAUCAUGUUCUCAACAAUCAGAACAGGAGUGACCACACUCAGAUCAAGGAGCUGCUGGAGAAGAUUGAGGAGACAGUGGCACAAAACAACGCCUGCCAUUUUGAAUUAGACGGAAAUAUUUUACAAGAGAUUGAUGGUAUAAAGGAAACGAAAGAGCGAAUGGACAAAUGGAGUGAGGACAUCAGAUCACAGACCAUGAGUGGAGAUGAUGGAUCUGAUUCAUGGUCUCUGGGAAGUUCUGCUUAUGGUUCAUUCAGAUCAGGAGCAGACUCAAUAUUUGGAUCAUCACGGUCCAGAGAUUCAUCUCACUCAAGUUAUGAGUCGGGGGCCAUAAAACGAUAUAACAGCAUUGAAUUUCAUCCACCAAACAUGAGUGGAGAUGAGCGGUCGGACACAUGGUCUGUGGGAAGUUCUGCUUACAGUUCAUUCAGAUCACGAUCAGGAGCAGACAGCGAAUCAGUUUUUAGCUCAACACACUCAAAAGUCUCAUCUCACAGCUCAGGAUUCGGGUCUUUGCAGUCCAUCCCUGAAUCUGUGGAACAAUCAGAAACCAGAAGAGCACACGGAAAGCCCAACAUCUCAAAGCUUUUCCCAAGAAUAUUGAAGAAGCACGAUAAGCAAAAAGAAGACUCUAAGAAAACUAAUUUGGUCAAAAUGAGAAAUCUCACAAGACUGUAUAAUUUUGCUGCUGACUGUUUGGAACAUGAGAUGAUCUGCAGCUCUGUUGCCGCUGAGAGUGGAAGUAGAACAGCUCUGACUGAAGACUUCCUGUCUGUCCUGCAGCAGCAUCUUCAUCUGGUUUACACUGGAAAGACACGUUUAGCGCGGAACCUGCUGCAGGGCAUUGGUUCCUUCAGUGUUCAUUCAGUGGAGCUGGAUAUGGAUGGGAUCUCAAUCAUUCAGAAGAGCUCUGAACCUCCUGAACAACAGCAGAUGACGGGGGAAAUAGAGGAAGAGCUUGCGACUGAUGUACAGCACCGGCCGUUCUUCACCCUCUAUCUCCUGGGCCAGGACGGCCCCAAGCCCCCUGUCCGACGCGUCUGUCUGCAGCAAGAAGGGGAGAGAAAAGUCAGAAGAGUGCAAAAGCGGUCCGCCACACAGAGCAGCCUUUACCUGGGUGAAAGCCUGCUGACACAGCUCCGUCCACUGGACCGGAUCUGGCGCUUCCUUUUUAGUGAGGUCAGUCAGCGGGCUGGUGAGGUCCGAAUAAUUAGGUACAAACCUUCUAUAAUAUCCCGCCAGCCCCAGGAACUGCCUCACCUCCUUUUUGGUCUUGGGUCUCGGGCAGGUCGCAACCGCUGCGGUCUUAUUAAUUUGGGGACGCACCUGCCCGUGGCCCAAGUGGAAGCCCAGAUACCUGACCUCCACACGCCCAACCGCACACUUCUUCGGGUUAGCCGUCAGUCCGGCUCCCCUCAGUGCUCUCAGUACGGCUCGCAAAUGCCCCAUAUGCCGCUGCCAGUCGUUACUAUAGAUGAUAAUGUCAUCCAGAUAUGCAGCGGCAUAUGCUGCAUGCGGCCGCAGAAUUUUAUCCAUGAGGCGCUGAAACGUGGCCGAAGGCCCGUCCUCCCAAGUUUCUCUCAGGACGUCCAGGACCCCGUGGGGCUGACGCCCAUAAAGAAGCUCAAAGGGGGAAAACCCUGUGGAGGCUUGCAGGACCUCCCGCACAGCGAACAAGAGGGGUUCCAGCCACCGGUCCCAAUUUUUGGUGUCCUCGUGGACGAACUUGCAAAUCAUAGUUUUCAAAAUCGAGGAAAGCUUCUGGGUCGUCCUGUGGCCCCAUUUUAUUCAGGGGCAGAUGAGUGGGGCCGGCGGGGUUUCUUGAGGACGGCCCACCUGCCCAUCCCUCCUGGUCCAUCCAGCUCCGGAACAGCUCACAGUCCUCCUGCUGGGCCUGUAUCAGGGAGCGGAAACAGCGUUCCUGAUCAUCCGCAUCUCCAGCAGCGCCUGAUGGUGUACUUGGUGGAGGCCCGCGAGCGAUUGAAUUACUUCUGCAAACGGCGAACUUGGCGGGGACUGCAUGACGGCGGUGGCCGGGCUUCUUCCUUCCCAGGUUUCGGCACCAGUGUAACAAAGUUCGAAGCAAGUGAUGCCCAACAUCUCUCAGAGCUGAGGAUUGUGUUGAUGGGUUACAGGGGAGCUGGUAAGAGUUCAUCAGGAUACACCAUCCUAUGCAGAGAGGAGUUUGACAUGGAGACAUCUUCUCAGUGUGUGAGGAGACAUGGAGAAGUAGCAGACAGACACAUCACUGUCAUUGAAGCUCCAGGAUGGUGGAUGGAUGAACCUGCAGAGGACAGUCCUGUGUUACUGAAAAAGGAGAUUUGUCCUCCAGGACCACACGCUGUACUACUGAUCAUACGGACUAAAUUUCAUAUUAACAGGAGAAAAGUAUUGCAGGGGUAUCUGGAUCUUCUCGGUGAGAGAGUCUGGAGUCACACUAUAGUGCUGUUCACUCAUGGAGACUCUCUGUUGGACACAUCUAUAGAGCAGCACAUUGAGAGUGAAGGGCAGGAUCUCAGGCGGCUGCUGGACAAAUGUGGGAACAGAUAUCAUGUUCUCAACAAUCAGAACAGGAGUGACCACACUCAGAUCAAGGAGCUGCUGGAGAAGAUUGAGGAGACAGUGGCACAAAACAAUGGCUGCCAUUUUGAAACAGACAGCAAGAUUUCACAAGAGAUGGAAGACAGAAAAAGCGCACCAGAAGUGAAGGCUAAAGAAAACAGGAAGAGUAUGAAAGAUCUGAAAAAAGAUGUCAGAUUACAGAAAAAAUGCCAGAGCACGUUGACGCAUCAUGUGCUGGAACACGCUCAGUACAGUUGGAUAUUGCAAUGGAUCAGAGAGCUGAGGAUUGUGUUGAUGGGGUAUAAAGCUGCUGGUAAGAGUUCAGCAGGAAACCUCAUCCUGGGCACAGAGGAGUUUGACUUGAAGACAUCUGCUCGGUGUGUGAAAAGACAUGGAGAAGUCGCAGACAGACACAUCACUGUCAUUGAAGCCCCAGGAUGGUGGAGGGAUAACACUGUAGAGAAGAGUCCUGAGUUACUGAAACAGGAGAUUUUGCUCAGUGUGUCUCUGUGUCCUCCAGGACCACACGCUGUACUUCUGGUCAUAUGUGCAGACAUUAUAUUUAAAGAGAUUGAGAGAAAAGCAUUACAGAGCCAUCUGGAUCUUCUCGGUGAGAGAGUCUGGAGUCACACUAUAGUGCUGUUCACUCAUGGAGACUCUCUGUUGGACACAUCUAUAGAGCAGCAUAUUGAGAGUGAAGGGCAGGAUCUCCAGUGGGUGGUGGACACAUGUGGGAACAGAUAUCAUGUUCUCAACAAUCAGAACAGGAGCGACCACACUCAGAUCAAGGAGCUGCUGGAGAAGAUUGAGGAGACAGUGGCAGAAAACAAAGGCUGCCAUUUUGAAAUGGACAGAAGUAUUUUACAGGAGAUGAAAGAGAGAAGAAGAGAAGAGGAAGAGAGAGCAAGAGAACGAAUGAAGAGAAUGCAAAAAAAGAGAGAUGACAUCAGAUCACAUAUGAUGAGAAGAGCUGAUGAGUCAUAUACAUGGUCUAGUUCACGAGAUUCACCCUUCAGCAUUGUGGAUAGCUCAAAUUUUGAGAAAAGUUGUAGUAGCAUGGGAUUUCCACCACCAUCUAUGAGUGCAGAGGAGCAGUCUGAUACAAUGUCAAUGUGAGAAGCUCUGCUUAUGGUUCAAAUGUAUCAGAAGCAGAAGAAGACAGCAAUUAAAGACCCCAUGAAGUGAUUUGACAUGCCUUUUGUCAGUGCGGGAACAUUAAGUUUAAACUGUUGCAAAAACAACAGUUCACUUUAUCAGCAAAUACUGCUUUAUAUUAUAUCAUAUGUGAAUCAAAAUGGUGUCAGUGUAACAAAAAAAUAAAAUAAACCUUUAAAAAAAAAAUUCUGCCAUUAGAAACCAUUUGUGCAUGUGACAGGGGGACUGAAAAAGCAUUGUCAUCUUUUGGACUGCAGAUGUUAUUACAAUUACUCUGAAAAUCCUUCACAUCUGAGAUAAAAUAUAAAUGUACACUGGUAGGUCUUAAUUUAAAAAAAAAAAAAAAAAAAAAAAAAAAAA